AUGCAUAGAGAUUUUCAUAGUGGAUUAUCACAACCUGCAAAUGACACAUCAAAUAAUGAAAUAUAUGGAGUAGUUCCUUAUAUUGCGCCUGAAAUAUUUAAUGGUGAUUCAUUUUCAAAAGCUUCUGAUAUCUAUACCGAUUUAAAACGGUUAGAAUUAAUAAAAUUAGAGAAACUUGGUCCUAAAUUUGCUAUAAUGCACCCAAAAGCAAUUUAUACAAGUAGAGAAUUAGGUUCCUUAAUUUCUAAAAUUUCAUCCAUGAAGGGAAAUAUUUCGAAAAAAUUGGAAUUUGAAUUAUAUGAUAAUAGUUGUCAGUCUUCCAAUACUCAGUUUCCAUAUGCCAGUAUAUCAUUAAAUACACAUAUGAAAAUUCAACAUCAAAAUGUAAUUAUGGGUAUUUCUGAAAAUCUAAGGAAACGUAACAUUGAAGAAUUGGAAUCUAAAUCUCAAGUUAACAGUAAGCAAAGACAUCAUAUUAAAACUGCUGAUGAAGUUAGUGAAUUUGCAACAUUUGAAGGGAUUAAAUAUAUAAAUUCGUUAGAUUUUAUUUGA